AUGAUCACCAUCUUCGGGGCCACCGGCGUUCAAGGCACCUCCGUCAUCCAGCACGUCCUGAAUGUCCCCGACCUGUCCAAGGAAUUCCGCAUCCGCGGUGUUACUCGCGAUAUCUCAAAGCCAGCAGCCCAGGAGCUACUCGAUCAAGGCAUCGAACUCGUUACUGCCGACUUAAACCAACCUCCAACCCUCCCCACCACCCUCCAUGAUACGCACACCAUCCUCCUAACAACAGACUACUGGACCCACCAAAACCCCCAAAGAGAAUACCAACAAGCCAAGCACGUCAUCGACGCCGCGAUCGCCACCGGCGUGAGCCACUUGAUCUUUUCAUCUCUGGAUAGCACCGUCCAGCAGACAGACGGGCGGUAUCGGAAUGUCGGUCACAGGGAGGGGAAGGCUAGAGCGGAAGAAUAUCUUCGACUGCGUCUUCGUCUUCGGGCGUCUGGGAUGAGGUGGACGGUUUUGCUGGUGGGGUAUUAUAUGAGUAAUUUUUUGGGGUUGGUGGGGAGGUUCGUUGGUGAUGGGGACGUGGAUAAGGAGAUGGAGAUGGAGGGGAAGGGGGAGGAGGAAUAUUUGUUGCGGUAUCCGUUUGAAGGGGAGAGAAGGGUUUUGCCGUUGGUUGAUGCGGAGAGGGAUGGCUAUUCGUGGGAGCUAUCCUGA